AUGAGGAAAACCAAGAAGGACAUGCAACCCCCAAAACAGCAGCCAAUGAUCUAUAUCUGUGGAGAAUGCCACACAGAAAAUGGAAUAAAAUCCAGGGAUACAAUCAGAUGUAGAGAAUGUGGAUACAGAGUAAUGUACAAGAAAAGGACUAAAAGAUUGGUAGUUUUUGAGACUCAAUGA